AUGACUAUGACGCGACGAAAGUCGAAAGCCGCAGCUGUCGAGCAUGAUGCUGACGGCAGCGAAGCGCCCCAUUCCCUCACUGUCACGCUACCUGACGAUAUUGACGAAGACACAUUGUCCACUCUCCUCCCCGACACCAAUUUUACAACUAUAACAUCUGAAGAUGUUGUUGCGCUGUAUCGAUUGCUGGCGUCUCAGUUCGUAGACUUGGACGCUGCCCAACGCGAACGGGAUGAAACGCAAGGCGAACUACAGAGAAAGGAGAUCGAGCUAGAGCAGGCCAUGCAGGACCAGGAAAGCUCAGCUAGCGAGCUUCAAGCAACCGUUGAAUCUAUCAGGGAGGAGCUCAAGCAGGUCAAGCAGGAGCGCGGUCAACUCGCCGAAUCCAAGGCGGCUCUCGAGACACAACUCGCCAACGUUUGCUCAUCACAGUCGACAUCGACAUCCCAAGUGGAAGCUCUUCAACGACGCCUUGAUGAUGCUGAACGUGAAAAGCGCGACCUCGUGGUUGUCAUUAGUCGGCUCAAGGAAGAGGGCUCUCAACGCGACGAGGAGAUACAAACUCUCCGCGCUAACUUGAAGGAAGCACGUCAAGAACACCAAGCAUUGGAGUCACAAGUGCGGGAGCUACGGUCCAUGGAAACAUCAACCAAGUUCAAAAUCGACUCUCUGACCCAACAACUGCAACUAUCGCAAGGCGAAGCUGAACGCGUCAACAAUGAGCUCAACGCGAAGACCGAAGAAUUCGCGAAGUACCGUCGGAGCAAGCAUGCGGAAACGGCUACCCUUCAGGCGGAAUUUGACUCCCUCACUCAGUCACAUGCAUCAGCUGAGGCCUCUUUCAAAGCCCUCCAAUCCGCUCAUACUGCUCAAGCUCACCAACUCACCCAAGCUCUGUCAAAGGUCCAAGAACUUACGGGACAGCUCGCCGAACAAGAAGCUCGAUAUGCCAAUGAGGCCAGUGGUCUCAAACGCCUUGUGUCGAUGAUGGAGGAACGCGAGAAGCAGGCGAAGGAAAUUGUUGACAAUAUCGAGCGGGAAUGGGCAUCGGUCGGCGAAAAGGCAGAACGGAGGGAAAAUAUCUUGAAGGAUGAGGUUGAAAGGGAACGGAAAGCUCGUCAAGAGGCCGAGAAGCGUGUGGAGCAGUUGGAGGGUGUCCUGGAGAGGAUGGGCCGUGGUGAAUUGCCAGUUCCGACCAGAGGCACUUCAUUGACGCCGUUCCGUGGAACAGCAACUCCGGACAUGACGAUGGAUGGCAUGAUGGGGCUCAGUCCAACGGUUGCAAUGGCGAGCAAAGCCCAACGGACUGGGAAGACCUUUACUGAAGUCUAUGCGGACUAUGUUCGACUUCAAGAGGAAUACGCUAGAAAAUCGGCUGAAUAUGACCAUAUGGACCGCACUUUGUCGUCUGUGCUGGCUCAAAUUGAAGAACGGGCGCCAAUUUUGUCACAACAACGCGUCGAAUACGAACGACUACAACUCGAAGCUUCGCAACUUGGUUCUCAGCUUUCUCAAGCCCUUUCUGAGAGAGACGCGCAGGCAUCUCUUGCACAGGAGCAAACACAGAAACUCCAGAAAUCUAUGCAGGAGAACACCGUCCUCCAGAGAAAUCUCGACGACCUUGGUCGACAGAUUCAGGUGCUCCUUCGCGACAUCGCUCGCCGCGACGAUCCGUCAAUACCUCCGGAUGAAGAAAUAGACCCCAUCGCAUCGGUUGAGGUGGAUACGCAAACCCUCAUCUCGAAUCACCUCGUUCUAUUCAAGUCCAUCGGCACGAUGCAAGUUCAGAAUCAACGACUGCUGAGGAUCAUCCGAGAAUUCGGGGAUAAAAUGGAGCAAGAGGAACGGGAGUAUCGAGAAACCAUGGAGCGAGAGCAGGCUGAAGCUGUACGAGAGGCCCACGAGGCAAUGCAAGACCUUGCUGCUCAGCUCGAACGACAGAAGAAGAGCAGCGAUGGCAUCAUUCAAGCCUAUGUCAAAGAACGAGAUGCGCUGAAAGGCCUCCUGGCAAAGGCUCAAGCUGGUUCCACGGUUAUGAUAGUGAACGGAGAGACGACUUCCGCCCCUCCAAGUGACUUGGCUCAAGAGCUUGCGGAGGUUCAAAGCCAAUUCGAUGCCUAUAAGCUAGAGAUGGGUGUGGACUCAUCACGCUUGCGUGAUGAACUUAUUGCGGCUCAAAGAGAGGUCAACACCAUGUCGGCUUCUCUUGCAAAGUCAAAUGCGAAGAUCGAGUUUUUGACAGACCGUCAUCGCAUGCAUGAGGAACAAUUCCGGGUACACAAUUUCGAGAUCGAGGAACUCAGCAAGCGAAACUCCCAUCUUCAUGAGCAGAACGUUCGUCUGGAUAUUGAAUGCGCCAGAGUGACGGACGAGCUUCAAGGGGCCGCUAAUCGGGUGGAGCAAUUGCGCAAUGAGUGUGCAAACCUCCGUGCCGAGAAGAAGAUCUGGGAGAGUAUUCAAACCCGGCUGGUCGACGAGAACAGGACACUCGCAAUGGAACGGUCUCAUCUUGCUGAUCUAAUGAGCAAUGUCCAGAAGAUGCACAAUGAUCUGGAACGUUCAGGUGAAAAUGAUCGUCGUCGACUUGAGGGGCAAUUGCAAAUGUUAGAAGCUCAGACUCAAGACCUUCGGGCUCAAAUUGUGCAAGAACGCGACUCCAUCAGAAAUAUCUCGCUGCAGAAGGAGAUCGAGCUCAAGGACCUCCAGACCCGUCUUGACAAGAAUACGCAAGAAUUUUCAAAGACACGAGAGACUCUCGUGGAACUUCAAACAAGUAAAAAGCACCUGGAAGAGAAGAUCGAUGACCUUACACGGCAACUGAAAGGCAAUGAAGAGAAACUCGCCGUUUACGAGCGCCGUCCUGGCACAUCUGGUAUCGCUCAAUCUGUCGAUCAGGAUGCUAGCCGUGAGCAACAACUCGAGACUGAGGUAGCGGAACUGAGAGCUGCUCUGAAAGUAACGGAAGUCGAUCUUGCUUCUGCCAGAAGUCACAGAGAUCAAUUCCAGGAAAUCAGUCAGGCCAGUGAAACUGCUCUCGCUGCCCUGAACUCCACUUUCGAUGAGUACAAAGCUUCCUCUGAAGCUCAAAUCGCACGUCACGAGUCUGAACGUCAGGCUAUGCAAGAAAGACUGGAUCAAGCAACGAAGGAGCUCGCCGAGCUUCGUACGCAGUACAAUGAAAUCCAAAAGACCUUCGAGGCUGAGCGUACAGCCUGGAUCAACGACAAGAAGACUCUAGAGGACACUAUCGUCGAUAUGAGCACCUCUGAGAAACACUCAGAAAGCGAUCGCAGUACAAGAGAGCAGGAGAUGCGAAGCUUGGAGGAUCGUGCAAAGGCCGCAGAGCAGCGCUAUUCGCAAGAAAUCAUCGCGCAUGCCGAGUCAAUGAAGUCGAUCGAUGCCCUGAAGAAAGAACUAUCUGCUUCUCAGACUGCUGCUCGCCAGUACCUCAAUGCGCAAGAAACAGCCCAAGCCAAGCUUGUGUCGUCCGAAAACAGCUGGAGGCAACAGAAGGAGGCUUUGGACAAAGAGGUGGCAGACCUUAAUGCUCGUUGCCAGGAUCUCUCGCAACAGAACUCUGUUCUCCAUCAACACCUCGAGUCUGUCAGUGCUCAAGCUACGCGUAUCAGACAAGCUGCAGAUGCUCCUGUCGACUCCACGACGACGAAUGCCGAGGGCGAAACUACCGAUGAAUCCGACAACAGGAUCUCAGAGCUUCGUUCUGUCAUCAACUACCUGCGUAAGGAAAAGGGCAUUGUUGACCUUCAACUGGAGAUGAGCAAGCGUGAGAAUGGCGUCUUGAAGAGCCAGAUUGAACGUCUUUCGCAGACGUUGCAGGAGACUCGGGCUACCCUUGCAGAGGAGCGAGAACGGGCAAUCGCAAACACCGCAUCCGCCGCUCAACACGCUGAGCUCGUCGAAAGGAUUAACCAACUCAACAUCCUUCGUGAGAGCAACGCCACUUUGCGGGCAGAAGCGGAGAGUGCGGCGAAGAAGGCCCGCGACCUCGAGGUCAAACUCAAUGACUUGUCCAAGGAACUUGACCCUGCGAAGGAGCAGGCUCGAUCGGCGCAAGCGGAGCUGAAUGCCACAAAAGUCCAAAUGCAACGCCUUGAGCAAGAGUCUCGGAGAUGGCAGGAAAGGAAUGCUCAGCUUCUCAGCAAGUAUGACCGCAUCGAUCCAUCGGAAGUCCAGGCUCUCAAGGACGAAAUUGAGAAGCUGAAGACCGAAGCAUCCACCGCCCAAGGACAGCUUGCAACAAAAGAAGGCGAGGCUGCCGCUCAAGCAAAGAGGCUGGAAGCCGUCGAGCAGAACCUGCGCGCGUACCGAGAAAGUGCGAAUAAGAACACCCAGAGUUUCCGAGCGAAACUGGGAGAGCUCAACACGCAGAAAUCGACCUUGACGGAGCAGAAGCAGACCCUGGAAGCCAAGGUUGCUUCUCUCGAGCAAGAAAUCACCGCCCUGCAGGCUGCUGCUGCUUCCAAACCUGAUGCACCCACAGAAAACGCGGCUCAGACUGCUGAGAUGCAGAAGCAGAACACUUUGAUUGCAAGCUUGCAGGAGGAACGCGACAAACUUCUUGCGGAGAAGGAGACUUGGAGCAAAGCACCUGCAGCUGCCACAGAAUCGACUGGCGGUGCUCCUCCGGCCGAAUGGGAGGCCGAAAAGGUACAACUCAUCAAGGCCAGGGAUGAGGCUCUCGAGAAACUCAAGACGGCGACUGGUGAAGCUCAGAAAUAUCUCGCAAACUUCAGAAACAUCAAGUUCCAAAACGACAAGUUCCAGUCUCGGAUCCAGGAUUUGAUGAGAACGAAGGCCGCCGAUGCUGAGAAGCAGGCUGCUGCCAUCACGGAGGCGGUCGAAAAGACCAAGGCCGACAUGACCACCAACGCGAAUGCUGCAGCUGACCCCGCGGCUCAUGAACAGCUUCUGAAGAAGCAUGCGGAAGAACUCCGUGCGCUGGAAGAGAAACUGAAGGCUCAACACUCAACUGAAUUGAAGGCUGCCGUGGACUCUGCAAAGGAGGAGGCUUUCAAGUCGCGUCCUCAACCAACCCCAGCACCUGCACCUGCCAACCAGCAAGCCGCUAUCGAUGCUGCCGUUGCGGAACUUAAAGCUCGCCAGGCUGAAGAAAUUGCUUCGGCUGUGGAACGCGGACGCAUGGAACAGUCGGCGAAAACGAAGCUGAAGGAUUCGCAGCUUGUCAAGGCGCAAAAGCGGGUCAAGGAUCUGGAGCUUCAGAUCAAGGAGUGGCAGUCCAGUGGUCUGGUACCGCAGACACCGCUCAUGCCGACCGCGGGUGGUGCAGCACCUUCGACGUCAGCAGCACCGGGGGCCGCAAAGCCUCCUGCUAUUACUGGCCCUACAGCACAAGGAGGUCAACCCGCUGCAGGUCCGUCUCAGCUCAAGCAUGUUCCUGUGGUGGCUGCAGCCAAUGCGGCUGCAGCGACCACACAGCCCGCCCCUGCCGGCGGCGCUGGCGGUCUCCCAAGAAGGCCUGGAGCACCCACACCAGGUGGUGUGCCCCUCGGCAGAGGGGGUGCCCGGGUACCUCCUACGCGGCCUAUGCCUGGGGGUGCUGGGCGAGGAAAUGCCCCUCUACGUCAGGCACCUGUGAAGCAGACGGCCCCGGCUGCGCCUGCUGCGACGAGUGGGGGAGUUUCUAUCAUGGGUGCGGCGAGCAAGAGACCUCGUGAGGAAGCUGGGUCAACGUCGUCUGAUGAUUCGUUAGCGAAGCGCCUCAAACCUGCCCCUGCAGCGAGUUAG